AUGCCUCCCACGCGGGCAAAGCCUCCUGCUUCCUUCUCCACAGGCAACGGUCUUCCUCCCCAAACGUGUAUCUAUGAAGAGACGCGACGUCAGCUAGAAGAAGCCGCACUGCAACAGGUGGCGAGCGCCGCGGGCGACCGCUACUUGGAUCUCGACGAAGUGGUGCGGGAUCAAGUCUGCAAACUGUUUUUUAUGAACAAGAAUGAUGUGGGCACGAUGAUGACCAACAUCGUAAAAAGUUUGCAAUGCCUGGGGCGAUACGAUGUGGGCUUGCUCCGUAACGAUGACAGCACGGCUUUUACUGUAAUUCAGUCCCAGCCAUUUCAUGAGACCCUCGCUACAGAUGAAUCUCAAAUGAUAGAAAGGCGCCGACGUGCUAUUCGUGAAGGCAAGAGUAGAAUAGAAAGAGCGGAUAGUCGCUCCAAGGCGAGGUUCUCCAGAGUGGCUCAAUCAGGAAUGGGAGGCAAGGAGCAGUUGGGCUGCAAACCUCCCCAGUCUGCUCGCAAGGAGGCGAAGCCAUGUACUCCGAGUUUCUCCAAAACGUCGUACGAACAGAUACAGGAGUUGCUUCAGGCCAGUCAGGCAAACAAAGCGAGUAGGGAACAAGGCGCAUCGGCAAUUUCUCGCGUCGAGCGUCCAUCAUCUCUUAAGAGCAGUGGCUACCUGCUCUGGCGCUACGGAGGGAAUUACCCAAGGGAGAACUACUACGAGCAUUAUCGCUUGCACGGCCUAAAGAAAUGA